AUGUUUGAUUGUAUCUCGACGGCAUUUGAAUUGCAAAUCGUUUAUGCGCUGGUUUCCACUUAUAGAAGCUAUGCAUUCAUUUGCCUCUAUUUUCUGUGUUUUCACAGGUUGACGGAUGAUAACAAUGCUAGCAACAAAUUGUUUUUUUACUGCGACAUUCAUGGGCAUUCUCGGAAGCACAAUUAUUUCAUGUACGGUUGUGGCGGAGGUUCGAAAUCCGAGCCUGGUGAUCUGUCAACUCAAGUCUUCCCAUUGCUUCUAUCAUAUACUUCUCCGAAAAUGUUCAGUUUUGAAAGCUGUCGGUUCCAUGUGCGAAAGGACAAGGAAGGCACAGCGAGAGUCGUGGCAUUCAACUUCGGCGUCAAGUAUUCGUACACGCUCGAAGCCUCGCUUGGCGGCACGAAUCUCGAGGGCAAAGUGAGUCACACUCAUUGGAACACGUGGAUCGUGGCUCUCUCAUCGCGAUGCGUUCAGCAGGAUAUCCUCAUUUAUUAUUUCCUCUUAUUGCCUAUAUCCACACAGCCUUUCUCCUUCGUGAGAAGAAAGCGGAAUCAUGGGAUUUUUUCUUCGCAGGUGGGCCACCAUUUCAACACCACGCACUACAAAAUGAUGGGUCGUCACUUUUGUGACGCUCUACUCGAGUUCUCCGAUGAUGAUCCGUCAAAGGAAAGGAUGAGAACCCGGAUCCAGACCCGGUUGGCGGAGAUGGGUUCGUGUGCCGAGUGGCCGGCCCAUGUGCCCAUCCAUGACCUAGAAAGCGAGGAUCAGACGGAAGACAGCGGCUCUGAAAGCAGGGCCUCGAGUGCUAAACCUCGAAAAAGCUCUACGUCACCAGGAAAGGACACCAGCACGGAUUCGGAAUGUGUUCCAGCGAAACGCAAGUCAAGCCAAAAAUGGAAGCGUGUUCAGAACUCCCAAAUUGCUUUCUCGGCCUUGAAACACACGAAAACUGGUAAGCCCGUGAAGGACAAAAGAAACGGACGGUCAGACCCAAGGGGCAAUUCCCACUCCAAAAGAAACAAUGCUUCUGCAUCCGCAAUAGCACCUUCCAUGCGUAGACGGAUCACGGAAAGCUACAAAAUGGCCAAAAUCGGCGUCAAUAAUCGUCCAGAAUCGUCGAUGAGCAAGCGCAGCGAGUUGGACGUGACACCUAGCGAAGCUGAAAGACAACUCUUCCACAGCUUUUCCACUCCUAGCGCCACGUCGUCUCUGCUCCAGCCUCAGCUCAAGAAUUCCAUAUCGAGCUUCGAGCUCAGCAACUGCGACCGGACAGACGAGGUCAGGUCAGAAGGCGGGUCUCCGGAAAUCGCGAAGAUCACGGCGCUUAUGGAUUCGCUCAACUUUUCCCCGGCCAAAAAGGGGUUUCAUCAAUGCCCGCCUGUUCGACGUCAUUCUUCAAGUUUCGUGCUGCUCGACGCCAUCAGGAAACCCUGCAAUUCGGGGAUUAACUCGCCCCAGAAACUCGGCUCCCCGAUUGAAUAUAGCCCCGAAGACGAAAGAGAGAUCCAACAGCUUGACGGAUCCUCCGACGUCAUCAUCAUCCGCGCCCAACAGCCACGUGGCUACUCAGACAGCGCAGCAAGGCGGCACCACGUGCGAGCCGCCAUCUCCACCACCCGACUCUGCACCGGAUUCCGGAGCCGAAGUCGCACCCCGCACCACCUCGGGGUGCCGGGAAAUUUCUUUGGCGGACUUCGCGCCCACGAGGAGCGCUCCAAGUCAGCCUGUGCCGUUUCCCCGCCGCCGAAGCCCGAAGAUUUGCUGGAACGCCGCGGGAUUAUCCCCACUUUCCUCAGGAGCCCAGCCAAGAAACCCCAACUUCCGCCCAAUACGAAUCAUCAUUCGAAGUCAAGCAGCAAAAAGCCUACGAACAGUAGGUCGAAAAGACCAGUCUUGGAAAUAGAAGAUGUCGACGCUGGACACGAUCGACAGCAGUUUUUUCCGACGCUCGGCGAUGCCCUCGGGAUGUUUAAAACACGCGACGACGACUCGUCAGUGUCGGACAGUGCCGUGGGAGGGCUGUCGGCUUGCGAGGGCGUUCCCGAGGCGCCUCCACCGCCCGUGAAAGUCGCCACUGGCAAAAAAAAGCUUUUGCCUGUCAAAAACUUUGGCAAAAGCAGCAGCAGCAGCAAGAAUAAAGCAGAAGGCAGCAAAAAUGAAAACUCCGGGACUCCGUCUAAUAGUCGUGGAACAAAACGAAGGAAGAAGCGAGUCGUCAAACACGAAAUUACUCAAAUGGAGCUCACAGCUAUGAGAGAAAAUUGA